GAUUACGCUAACGAACGGCACGGGCGGGAGCCGCACCGGAACCUAACCGAGAGCACCAGACACCUCGCUCCACCUCCAAGACUCCGUUUCCGGACUUCCAGACUCCAGAGCGGCCGCGGAGGAACCGUGGGGGCAAAGGAAAGGGAAGACUCGCGUCGCGUGACGUGUGCCCGCGUCGUAUGCGCCGCGCUGCCGUCGCGACGACGACCAGGACCAGGAUGGCGGCCGAGGAGAUGAGACGGGCCUCGGCCUCCGCGGCGGCGGCGGAGGCGGCGCCGGCGCAGGCGGGGUCGAGGUGGGCGCGGGUGUGGCCGCCCGCGCUCCGGUGGAUCCCCACCUCCACCGACCGCAUCAUCGCCGCCGAGAAGCGGCUCCUCUCCAUAGUCAAAACCGGAUAUGUCCAGGAACAAGUCAACAUUGGCUCAGCUCCACCUGGGUCAAAAGUAAGAUGGUUUAGAUCUGCAAGUGAUGAACCAAGGUUCAUCAAUACUGUAACAUUUGAUAGCAAGGAGAACGCCCCCACCCUUGUUAUGGUCCAUGGCUAUGGGGCUUCUCAAGGGUUCUUCUUUCGAAACUUUGAUGCCCUCGCAAACCGUUUUAGGGUGAUUGCCAUUGAUCAGCUUGGCUGGGGUGGUUCAAGCAGACCUGACUUCACCUGUAAAAGUACCGAAGAAACUGAGGCAUGGUUCAUAGAUUCUUUUGAGGAGUGGCGCAAGGCCAAGAACCUCAGUAACUUUAUAUUGCUUGGUCAUUCUUUUGGAGGAUAUGUUGCGGCAAAGUAUGCCCUAAAGCACCCUGAACAUGUGCAGCACUUGAUUUUGGUUGGUCCUGCUGGCUUCUCGUCAGAAACAGAGCAUAGCUCUGAGUGGUUAACAAAGUUUCGAGCAACAUGGAAAGGCAUGCUAAUCAAUCAUCUUUGGGAGUCCAAUUUUACUCCUCAAAGAAUUGUUAGAGGAUUGGGUCCUUGGGGUCCAGGUCUAGUACAAAGAUAUAUCAGUGCCAGGUUUGGUACAAGUUCAACUGGUGAAUUACUAACAGAUCAAGAAUCUGCAUUGCUGACAGAUUAUAUUUACCAUACCUUAGCCGCCAAAGCUAGUGGAGAGCUGUGCUUGAAAUACAUAUUUUCCUUUGGGGCAUUUGCAAGGAAACCUCUUCUGCAGUGCGCAUCUGAUUGGAAAGUGCCGACUACUUUCAUAUACGGGCAGCAAGAUUGGAUGAACUACCAAGGGGCGCAGCAAGCGCGGAAGGACAUGAAAGUUCCUUGUGAAAUAAUUAGAGUCCCACAGGGGGGUCAUUUCGUGUUUAUUGACAACCCGUCGGCGUUCCACUCGGCUGUGAUGUAUGCCUGUCGUAAUAUUUUAUCUGGAGCUGGAGAGGAGGGCCUCACUCUUCCUGAUGGCUUAAUAUCCGCAUGAGAUCGCAUCCUCAACAAUCUCGUGCCCAACAAUAGUAGUCUAGUACAUGAUAAAGCAAAGCUUAUACGAUGGUGGAACUAUUUGUGCCCAUCUCCACCAGAUUGUUUGUGUACGAAUUGGGCUGAUAUUUUCCGUGUACAUAUUCUGUAUCAAUUGUGAGAAACGUAAAGUUAUGUAAUGUACGAAUUCUUUAUUUGAUUUUCAAGACCCAAACUUGCACUACGCAAA